AUGGCGACCACAGCGUCUAACCACUACAGCCUGCUCACCUCCAGCUCUUCCAUGGUGCAUGCGGAGCCGCCGGGGAGCAUGCAGCCGGGCGCCGGCUACAGGGAUGCACAGACGCUGGUGCAGCCGGACUACACGCUGCAGAGCAACGGGCACCCGCUCAGCCACGCUCACCAGUGGAUCACGGCGCUGUCCCACGGUGGGGGAGGCGGCGGCGGCGGGGACUCGCCCUGGUCCACCAGCCCCCUGGGCCAGCAGGACAUCAAGCCCUCGGUGGUGCAGUCCGGGGGCCGGGGGGACGAGCUGCAGCAGCACCAGCAGCAGCAGCAGCACCAGCAGCAGCAGGGGAGACCGCCCCACCUGGUGCACCACGCCGGCAGCCACCACGCCGCCGCCGGGGCAUGGAGGACGGGCGCCUCGGCUCACCUGCCGCCCAGCAUGGCCUCCUCCAACGGGGGGCAAGCGGGGCUGCUCUACUCCCAGCCGCCGGGCUUCACGGUCAACGGGAUGCUGAGCCCCGGCCAGCCGGGCUUGCACCACCACGGCCUGAGGGAUGCCCACGAUGAGCAGCAGCAGCAGCACCACGGCGGAGAGCACCCCGGGGGGCACCCGCAGCAGCACCCUCCGCACCAGCAGCAGCAGCACCCCGGGGGCGGCGGCGGGGGCCACCACGACCCCCACUCGGACGAGGACACGCCGACCUCGGACGACCUGGAGCAGUUCGCCAAGCAGUUCAAGCAGCGCCGGAUCAAACUGGGAUUUACCCAAGCGGACGUGGGCUUGGCCCUGGGCACCCUGUACGGGAACGUCUUCUCGCAGACCACCAUCUGCAGGUUCGAGGCCCUGCAGCUGAGCUUCAAGAACAUGUGCAAGCUGAAGCCUUUGUUGAACAAGUGGUUGGAGGAGGCGGACUCGUCUUCGGGCAGCCCCACCAGCAUAGACAAGAUCGCAGCCCAGGGGCGCAAGAGGAAAAAGCGCACCUCCAUCGAGGUGAGCGUCAAGGGCGCCCUGGAGAGCCACUUCCUCAAGUGCCCCAAGCCCUCUGCCCAGGAGAUCACCUCGCUGGCGGACAGCCUACAGCUGGAGAAAGAGGUGGUGCGAGUGUGGUUUUGUAACAGGAGACAGAAAGAGAAACGCAUGACUCCCCCGGGAGGGACUCUGCCCGGAGCCGAGGAUGUAUAUGGGGCAAGUAGGGACACUCCACCACACCACGGGGUGCAGACGCCUGUGCAGUGA